AUGGCGACUGGCAAGAAGAGAUUGUUGAUUGUUGGCGCCGGCGCUUCGGGUCUUCCAUCGCUUCGUCAUGCGCUCAUGCAUCCGGAGAUUGAAGUGGUGUGUCUCGAAGGCAGCGGCGAGAUCGGCGGCCUCUGGCGAUACAAGCCCGAGGAGACGCAACUCUCGUCGGUGAUGAAGUCGACGGUCAUCAACACGUCGAAGGAGAUGACGGCGUACUCGGAUUUUCCGCCGGAAUCGCGAAUGGCCAACUUCAUGCACAAUCGCGAGAUGCUGCGAUACUUGUCGAUGUACGCGGACCACUUCGAUUUGAGAGCGCACAUUCGAUUCAAUCACAAGGUCGAGGCGAUCGAGAGGAACGACGAUUACGAGGCGACCGGCAAAUGGAGAGUCGCCUAUGUCGAUGACAAAGGCGGCCGACACACCGAGGUGUUCGACGGCGUCAUGCUGUGUCACGGACAUCACACGAUUCCGCACUGGCCGGCCAAGUUUCCGGGACAGGACGAGUUCAAGGGCAACAUCAUCCAUUCGCACAGCUACAAGGACCAUCGCGGCUACGAGGAUCGCGUUGUCGUCGUCGUCGGCGUCGGAAAUUCCGGCGGCGACGUCGCCGUCGAACUCUCGCGAAUCGCCAAACAAGUCUAUUUGGUGACGCGACGCGGAACUUGGGUCUUCAAUCGCAUCUACGACUAUGGACAACCUGUGGAUCUGGCCCUUAAUCGAAAGUUCCUGACUGAUAUUCAUAGAGUGCUGCCUGAAUGGGUCUCGAAUGCUCUAAUGGAGCGCAAGUUGAACAAGAGAUUCGACCAUAAUGCCUAUGGACUUAAACCGCAACACAGAGUCUAUGGAGCUCAUCCGACUAUCAAUGACGAGCUACCGAAUCGAAUCGCGUGUGGAACUGUGAGAAUCAAGCCGAACAUCGCCAAGUUCACCGAGCAUGGAAUUCUGUUUCAAGACGGCACGAAACUCGAGCACGUCGAUGACGUCAUCAUGUCGACCGGCUAUUCGUUCGAGUGCAAUCUCGUCGAGAAUGGCAAGCUGAUCGAGGUGGUCGACAACAAGGUCGACCUCUACAAAUACAUGUUGCCAAUCGUGACAGCGGACCAUAACACGCUAUCAAUCAUCGGAUGCGUUCAGCCAUUCGGAUCAAUCAUGCCGCUCUCCGAACUCCAGGCGCGUGUGUUCCUUGAGGAAUUCACCGGCAAACACGUUCUCCCCUCGAAAUCGGAGAUGAUUCGCGACGUCGAGACGAAGCGAGAGCAAAUGGCGAAGCGCUUCGUCGCCAGUCGCCGUCACACAAUCCAAGUCGACUACGUCAACUAUGCCGAUGAGUUGGCGCGUCUCAUCGGCGCCAAUGUCGACCUCAAACGGCUCCUAUUCAACGAUCCGAUGCUGGCCUACAAGGUCUACUUCGGACCAUGGGUCCCAUACAUCUUCCGGCUAAACGGUCCCAACAAAUGGGAAAAUGCUCGCGACGCCAUAAUGGGCGUCGAUGAGCGAGUGAGCCUCGGCAACACCGACGGAAAGGAAGUCAAGUCUGAAGAGAGCAACACUUUGUUCUAUUUAUUCGCUUUCGCCUUCGUGCUUCUUCUCAUUAUUAUUGUAUUCUAA